CCGGACGGAUCGAUCGAGCGGCUCGAAGACAGAACCAACAAUGUGUUCCGUACGUUGGUUCCCGAGAUAAUGAAAUGCACGACGACAAAACGGCCACGAGCGUGUGCCAGUGUUGGUAUCACGCGAGUGUGCGUGUCGCGUAACGCUGGUCGCUUACGUUUAUAUAAUGCCAGAGCCGGGAAAGUGAGACCAUUGAAUCGUCGACUGUUAAAGAGACACGCGCACCUCGAACGUCAGCGACAACAUGAAGAAGUGCUGCCUGACCAUGGUCCUCCUCGCCCUCGUGUCCACCCUUCUGCUCUCCACCGAGUAUGCAGCUGGAAACAGCGUGUGCCCCCUGGAGAAUUGCCUCGAUUCUAAAUUGUGCGACGACUUGCUGGUCGGUGGAACGUGUCCACAAACGACUGACACGUGCUGCAGCGUAGUGAAAACGGAGCACAGGACGCACUGCCGCCAUUUUGGGGGCGAAUGCAUGGACUACUGCCACCAGAACUUGCAGAACAUCGUCGUGGAUUGUCCCGCCGACAAAAUCUGCUGCACGUUAGUUUAAGAAAACGGGGGAAGCCGUACCCCGUGAAAUCGUAACUUUAAUAUAUGCGAUUAGCUUCGCGCGACGGCUGCAGAGUCACGCUGCAUCUGCCGGUAGCAUGGCGGAAAAGCGAUUUUAAUUGGUUUUACAAUUACAACGGUACAUGCCGCGGCGGGCGAGUGAAAAAUCGAAUACGCCGCGAGUGAAUUGCCGUGGCACGAGGGGCCCGUCACGAAUGUGGGACUCUUCGACGAUAAAUAGCGCGAACGUAAACGUUGUAUCCUCGAUGAUUGGUAGAAAGGGCCUCAGCCAAAAUUACGAGUCCUUAAUAUACUGCAAAAGUCAUUACUUCGAAUCAUCGGUACUGUUACGAUGAAAAUAAUUUUAUAAUAAUUUCAAUUCAAUCUUUCACCGU